AACUCAGUAACUUUAGCACCUAGCGGGCAAGCAAAGAUCAGACCUUUGGGCGGCGCUGUCGGCUAAGAUGGGGAAGAAGAAAUUCAUCAAUAAGAGGAACUCAGCUACCUUCCGCCUCCUAGCUCGUGAUUCGUCUACCGUCUCUACGGAAGGUGGCGCGCCGGCUCUACCUGAUCGCGUUUUUGUUCGGGUUGACAACAACUCCUAUUUAUCUAACGGCUUUCUGGAUGACGAGGUCGAGCGCCAAGAUGUCUACCACGAUUGCGGCAACUCCGACUCCAUCUUCGCUGAUGCAUCUGAUGACACAGGCGCUGGAGAUUUUGUUGGUUCUCUUCACCCAUGGAUUGUCGAUUGUGCUACCAGUGCAGGAUCAAACGGGGCUCUCCCGGACCAUGUGAGAAAAGAAAUCUUGGAGUUGGGGUUUCCUGAUGAUGGCUAUAAUUAUUUAAAUCACCUGAGGGAAAUCAGAAAUUCUGGUGGUGGAUACGCCUAUUAUCACAACAGCAAGGCCAGGCUCGAUCUUGUCGGGGCAGAUGUCAAGGCUUAUGACGCUUCUAGGCUGCGGGUCAGUGGUGAAGAGGCCAGCAGCAGUGGUAUGUACACUGUUGCGGCAAAGACAGUUGCUGUGACUGUGAAGAAAGCGUUGGAUCCUGAUGUUUUGAGGUUGCUCAAUGAUGAUAAUGAUGAUUUGUCUAGGUUUGUUUCUGACGUGGAGGACUUGGAGGAGGAUUUUGUAGUCCGGGCCAAUUGUAUAGAAGGAGAGGACCAAGAAGAGGUAGAGCAAUUUUCUUUUUUAAGUGAUAAACAAAAGAAUGUAUCUGGAGAGGUCAGCUUUGCUAAUGAAUUUAUUCACGAGGAUAGACUCGGAGGUGUUGAGAAGCCGAGGGCUCCUCGACUUCUUGAUGAACAGUUUGAUCUGCUCACUCUUCGAGAAUAUGACACAGACAGUGAAAGUGAUAAUGCUGUUAUAGAAGAUGAACCGCUUGCUAAUAAACUUAAUUGUGUCCUUCAAGGGCUUGCAAUUGAUGAUUUAGAGCUUGAAGGCAGUUAUAAAGCUCCUGGUGAUUUUGUCAAUGGGAAUCAAGGGUCAGGUGCAGAUAAACAGCCAGAUUAUUCUGCUGAGCUAAUUCGUAAGUGUGUGGAGUAUGCACAAAUGUACUGCAAUGAAAAUCAUGUUGAUGAAGAAAUGGUGUUAGUACCUGAAAGCAGCGAUGAAUCAGAAGUUUGGGACUGUGAGACUAUUGUUUCCACAUACUCAAAUCUUGACAAUCACCCUGGGAAGAUUCAUACUCCAUCAAACCGAAAGAAGCUUCCAGCAACUGGUGAUGGCAUAUCAAAGAGCAACAUCAUUGCUCUCCGUGGAAAGGAGAAGUUACCAGUGGACUUUUUGCCACACAACAAGCCAAGUGUUGAGAAACCAAAGAGAACAGUGAGUGCAGAAGCUAAUAAGCCGAGGAGUAGACGACAUUGUUCGGAGUCAAAAGAGGAAAAGAAAGAGCGCAAGGCUGCUCUAAAAGAAGAAAAAAAAGAAGCUCGUCGUGCAAAGAAAGACUUGAAAGUUUUGUACAAAUGUGAAACUCAGAAAGCUCAGAAGGUUGCUGCUGUUAGUGGUCCAUCUUCUAUCCAUCUUAUGUAACUUUAUUCGUUGUGUUUGCCUUGGAGGACUGUGGUCUGAUAUUACCUGAUGGAUUAGCCUGUUUUAGCCAAAGGAGUUUCUCGUGAAGUUCUUUCCACUGAGUUGUUAUGGUCUGCGUCCGAAUCAUGUUCAGUGCUCCAUUGUUUGAGAUGCGUUAGUGUGUUUGCUGUUGUAGUUUCAGCUCCAUGAGGCUUUUAUGUAACUGUCUCUAGCUUCUCAGCCAGCAAAAGUACUAGAUUGUGAUGAACAAGAACGUUAAAAUGGUUAGUGAGCUGCUUUAAUUUUUUGGUGUUAGUGUUGGAAGUGGUGCUUGAUCUAUUCAAAGCAUUUAGAGCUUUGAAUACGGGGGAAAAAAAAACAGAGAGCUUGUCAUGUGAUUCCUGGUGAUUUUGGUACGAAAAGUUUGAAUAUUGUGUUUGCCUGUACAUCCUAACGGUCAAUGCCUUUUGAUGUUGUGCA